AUGGCCCGGUUCCGUAACAGUCUGCCAAAAGAAGUUCGGACUUUGUACACCUUCGGUGUGGAGGUUGAGUUUAUCAUCAAUUUCAAGAUCGCGGACUUUAUUACUGCUAUAAACACAGGGAGUUUUCACCACCCGGCGGAAUGGAAGUUACUGCGGGCAGUAUAUGAACAUAUCAUCAAUGAGAUGCAAAGCAACGGGUUCCUGGUGAAUCCUUAUCUCCAAAAUCACAAUAACGCAUCAUAUUGGACGAUCAAACAGGCCACUUCUAUAGUCACAGAAGAAUUUGAUAUGGCAAAGGAUGAAUGGGGUGGCUGCCCGGUCCGGCUUGUAGCGCCCGUGAUGACCUAUGGGUCCCCAUCGUUUGAUCUAAUCAAUAAUGUUCUGAUCUUCCUAGAUCAGCAAUUUGAUAUUGUGGUCAAUGCCUCAUGUUCGUUGAACGUACACGUGGGCAAUAUUGCUGCAGAUAAAGACGAGGCAGCGGGCGGUAAAGACCUAGAGAGCCUAGGAUUCUCCUUGACAACCGUUGAGAAUCUUUUGAGUUUUAUCUGGUUAUUCCAACUGCAGUUGCAAGAGAUCCACCCCCCAUCCCGGGUAUGUGAGUCAGUCUGCCUUAGUCCUUUCAUUUUACUAUCACAUUUGCACAUACGAGCUGUCAAGGAGGCAAUUCAAAGUUGUACCAGCAUGCAGCAACUGUGUCGACUUUGGGAUGGAGCAGUUGCUUUCCACGAUAAUAACCCCGGUAAACUUGCAUAUAGCAUAAAAGAUAUGGCCAUACAUGCUUCAUUGGAUGGCGGAUUACUUGAUUCAGGGAACCGAACCGUACAGUUUGGGCAGCACCAGAGUACAAUGGAUAUGUCAGAAAUCUAUCACUGGGUGAUGCUCGUGGGCCACCUGGUGAGGCUGGCCGAUACUUGUCGUCCUUGGUGUCGACCGUUAGGUUUGACUGUCGAACGCGAGAGGACGCGCCCUUUCAAGACUAGCGAGUAUGCGACCACGAGCCUAUUGAUAGAGAUUGGCGCGGUAGAACAUGCUGAUUUCUAUAGCACUAGGCUGCACCAGCACGAUAAUACAGGCUACAUAUAUUACUGCGGUUGA